AUGGUGAUCCACGCUCAACCAGACACCGCGGAUAUUCAAUGGGGACCGUGCGACAUAAACGGAACGCUGCCAUUCGUAUGCGGCAACAUAUCUGUGCCCCUGGACUAUUCGAAUCCGAACUCGAGCGAAGCGCUCAUCAUCGAGCUUCUGAAGGCGCCUGCCAUCAAGCAGCCUUCUAAGGGAAACAUCUUGUUCAAUUGGGGUGGACCGACUGCGAGCGGGCGGGAGUUGAUGGCGGCACAGGGGGCGCAAUUGAUGGCGACUACGGGCGGUUAUUGGGAUCUUGUUUCUUUUGAUCCGAGGGGUGCUGGGAAAACCAUUCCGUUCUCAUGCUAUCCCAAUACGACGGAACGCCAAAUCGCCAAUCUACAGAACCCAUAUCUCAAUGGGAAUUCGUCCGACACCACAGUUGGACGGCUUUGGGCGGAAAGCGAAAACUUUGAUGAAGCGUGCCACGCCAAUGGGAACAGCACGGGUGGUCUUGUUGGGUACGCAUUCUUGGCUAGAGAUUACAUGCGCAUUGCGGAAGCGCUAAACGAAGAUGGCCUACUAAGGUUCUACGGCUUAUCAGCUGGAACAGUUCUAGGAGCAACGAUAGCUGCCAUGUUCCCUGAUAGAAUCGACCGUAUGGUGCUGGAUGGAGUGUGGAACAUCCACGAGUACUAUCACUACCACGCCGUCCAAGGGUUCCACGACACAGACAAAACCUUUUCCGGGUUUCUAUCUAGCUGUAUCGCCGCUGGCUCAAACUGCACUCUCUCCCGACUUAACCUAACCUCUGCCCAACUUGAAGAGUCCGUCUUCGACCUUAUCGAGACCGCCAAGUACCACCCGAUUCCGUACCAAGGCAUCCUGCUCGACUACACCCUCGUCCGGAACGUUAUUUUCCUUUCCCUCACCCAGCUAGUCAGCUGGCCCGCACUAGCUACCUUCCUCCACGCCCUCUUCACGCACAACAUGAGCGAACUUGACACCAUAUUCCCCUCUCUCCAAACAGAUGAAGAUCCCAUUUUCACAGAGCAACGAGCGGCGACACAGUGCGGCGACAAGGCGUCCGGAGUACGCACAUCCGACAUCCAAGAUGUGUACCCCGUGUUCGAGCAGCUAGAGCAAGUCAGCAAACUCGCAGGCGAUAGGAUCUUCUACGACGUGGACUUCUGCUCGCGCUGGAAGAUGGAAGCCAAGGAGAAAUAUCUCGGCGACUUCAACGUCACGACGCGGCAGCCUAUUUUGAUUAUCGGAAAUACGUUCGAUCCUGUGACGCCGUUGAUCUCGGCACGAAAUGCGAGUGCGAGUCUGCGGGGCAGCGUAGUGCUGCAACAUGAUGGCUUUGGGCAUACGUCGGCUUCCCAACCCUCGCUGUGUACGGCGAAGACGACGCAGGCUUAUCUGGAGAAUGGGACGCUGCCUGAGGACGGAGCUGUUUGCAUGGCGGAUGUACCUCCAUUUUCGAAUGUGACUUGGAUGGAUGUUUUGGGUUGA